UGAGGGGAAGGAGGCGGGCUGCUCUUCAGUAACUGCAAGCCUGGUGGGGUGGGGGAGCCCGAAGUGAGCCAUCUGCGCCUCGUUCGGUCAUGGCGGAUGAAGAGGAAGACGCGCCUUUUGAAGAAGAUACUGAGGAGGCUGGUGGAGGCUCAGAUGGUGCACAGGGUAAAAGGAAACGGCUGUUCUCCAAAGAAUUGAGGUGCAUGAUGUAUGGCUUUGGAGAUGACCAGAAUCCCUAUACUGAGUCUGUGGAUAUUCUUGAAGAUUUGGUCAUUGAAUUCAUCACAGAAAUGACUCACAAAGCAAUGUCAAUUGGACGGCAAGGGCGAGUACAGGUUGAAGAUAUUGUCUUCUUGAUCCGUAAAGACCCACGGAAGUUUGCUCGUGUGAAAGACUUGUUGACCAUGAAUGAAGAACUGAAACGGGCCAGAAAAGCAUUUGAUGAAGCAAAUUAUGGAUCAUGAGGCUUUUUGUGUGGCAGAUCUGUAGUGUGUGCAGGAGGACUACAAAUUCUAUGAAGUUUUGGGCUGUACUUUUUUCUUAAAGCAAGGAAAUAUAUCAAUCCUGUUGGACUUCACUUGCUUCGUAUGAACUUCAAGCCUAGAUAUAUUUGUCCUAGUUAGCUACAUAUUACCAACCAAAACAAGAUUCUCACAUAAUGACAACAUUGCUUUGGAAAAUCAGCAUGGGCAAUUCUCAGUUUCAUACAGUAUUGUUCUUCCUAUCAGGCACCUUGGAGAUUGGGGUUGUUUAUUGGUGAACUUACGUCUGAGCCUGAAAUUCUGCCCCUGUUCAUCACUGGGUUCAUUAGAUGUUUUCUCUGAAAACCUGUUAUGACAGAUUUCAUAGCAAAAUUAUUUUUAUGGCUUGAAAGCGCAGUUGUUUUCAGUAUUGUGUUGAGUUUCUGAACUACAGAUAAUGGAUGUAUUUAUCCUUUUAACAGUUUUAGUACAAAAAGAGAAUAAAUCACUGAUGCUUGAGAUAGCAAGUGUUCUCCCACUCUUGAUGAUGGCCAGUCAUUCUGCUCUUGCCAGAUACACCUUAAAAGGAAAUUCUAUGAUGACUCUUUUCUCUGUGAAAGAUGAGAUUAAACUGAGUAUCUUUUAAGGUGUAUUUUGUGGGGGGGUGGGGUUGCAGGAAAAAAUUCAAAUAUCAAUAAAACCUAGUUCAUAGUCUG